AAUAAAUAACACAUUCAGUGCUCAAAAAUUGAAACUAUGUACGUACAUAUAGAAUAUCACCAUUGGUAUUUGAAAGGAAGAACGAAUAAAUGAAAAUAAAAUGAGUAUUUCAAUUUAAAAGCAAUUAAUUGAUAAACAAUAAUUGUUAUGUAAGGCAUUCUAUCUUGCGGGGAUCCGAGUUGACGACAUUAGGGAUGAUAUAAAGCGGUCUGAAGACACUGUGGUAAUUAUUCACUAGUUUAUACACAACUAUGGACAAAAUGGAUGUUCUUAAAAUAAUUGUUAUGUGUAUUCUAUGGCAAAUAAACAGCGUCGGGGCACAAGAGAUACGACCCCAAAAAGCUGGAAAUUUGAAGGCAGUAGGAAAUUGGGUAGUGUAUAUAAAACUCGGCAAUGACGAGGUGUGCGCAGGUGUACAACUCUCUGACGAUUGGGUACUUACCCUUGUUGACUGCAUUGAUAAAAAAAUCAAGCUUACAAAAUACAGCAUUGUACACAAGGAUGGUUCAAGAAAGGUUAUAUCCGAAGACCGGGACUCCGUUGGAAAGUUAUUUAUUCUUCUGAAGAUGAAAAUUGAUAAAGAAGCAACAAAAACAAAGUUCGCACAACUUGCUGACUCCAUGUCACCCUCUUCAGACUAAAGGUUUUAUCUGUACAAUCGAGACAAAUCUGAUAAACUUAUUGCAAAUGACGUCGAUUUUGUCAGAAGCUCUCAAUGUGAGAAGGAAGCAAUUGAUGGUAAUUUUGGCGAGACACAUAAAUGUGUUCAAGGCAACAUGAAUAAAAAAGCUAGAUGUCUACCAGGAAGUCCAGUGUUUGGAUCCAAGAAGAAAGAAAUAAUUCUGCAAGGACUUGCUGUCACAUCAUCUGAUUCUUGCUCAUCACAGCUUCAAUCUAUUGCAGUGCUAAAACCGCAAGUCAACUGGAUUAACUCGGUUAUUAUUGAUUGCGGUCCUAUUAAAACUUUUCGGAAUGGCAAGGUGAAGCUGAACAAAAAAUCUUCGACGGCAAUAGGAGCUACAGCGACUAUUAUGUGUAAUCCUGGGUAUGAGGCAACCCAAAAGAAAAUCUUUUGCCAAGAAAACGGGAAAUGGGAAAAAUCAAGUUGCGAAUUAAAAGAUUGCGGUUCCGUUGAAAAUAUCCAGAAUGGAAAAAUAAAAUUAGAAGAUGCAUCAAAGUCGACAAUGGGGGCAACAGCGACAGUUGAAUGUGAUCCUGGCUAUAAGGCAAGCCGGGAAAAAAUAAAGUGCCUAAAAACUGGGAAAUGGGGAAAAUCAAUUUGCGAAAUAAAAGAUUGCGGGCCUGUUGAGAACGUUCGUAAAGGAAAAGUAAUCCUUGAUAAUAAUUCGACAUCGACGGUUGGAGCAACAGCAACUUUGGAAUGUUUUCCAGGGUAUAAGCCAAAUAAAGAGAAAAUAGUUUGCUUGAACACAGGGAAAUGGGAAGAAUCAUGGUGCAAAAUCAAAGACUGUGGGACUCCAGCAAGUGUGAUCAAUGGGAAGUUGAAUGUUACCACAACAAAAUUUGGAGCAACUGCUUCCGUUGUCUGUGAUGCAGGUUAUGCCGGAAACCAAUCAACGAUAAGUUGCCUAGACACUGGCAGUUGGGAAACACCAACAUGUACAAUAAUAGACUGUGGGUCUCCCCAAAAUGUGUCAAAUGGGGCUUUGAACUUUACCACAACAACAUUUAGAUCAACGGCUGCUGUUGUCUGUGAUAAUGGAUACCUUGCAAAAAAGACAAAUAUAAGUUGCCUUGAAACCGGAAGUUGGGAAACAACAGCCUGCACAGAAAUACAACAAUGUAAGGCAAACAACACUUGUGGACUUUCUGCCGGAUCGUGUAGUUCCCCAGGUCAAAAAUGUUACAUAGACGAUGUCGAAGUGUUUUUACCGAACUUAAUCUUAUCGGAAUAUGAAAAUUUUGUAGUACCUAUUGCCUCAGAAGAAAUUUGCAGAGAAAUAUGUCUUAAUGCCACAACGUAUCGCUGUGUUGGCUACAUGUUUUAUUAUGAUGAUUUUAAACAAUGUUUUACCUUCAGCAAAACUCCAGCUGAAGGAUUAAAAACGCAAUACAAUGAUAAAAUUGGACUGAAGGUACUGACAUGUGUAAAUUGUUGAACCGGUUAAAACGAUCAUACCUGAAAAAUGCUUUUUUGUGAAACUAUAAGUACUAAAUUGUAUUGUCUGGUAUAUAUUUACUUUAAAUUUUACACUUUUUGAAGGGUAGUUUAAGCCAUAAAAUUACAAACUAAUAAAA